UGAAAAAACACGCACACAGUAAAUUUACUCAAUUCCAAAACUCACUCAGUUAUAGCUGGUUUCUUGUACUCAUCUGGGGGUCAUUGUUCUCAGCUAGUUGGCUCGGCUGGCCGAGACACCGAAGAAUAUACUAGAGUAGACGUAAAAACGAUUCGUACGUUACGAGCACAGCAACGAAUAAACAAUUCGAGGUUGAGUUGAGAAAAUCAUUCGCAAUUUGCCUGUCAAACGCUACGGUUGAGUAUAUGUGCGAACGCUUUGUGAGCUUGUUUAAUUGAAGAGAUUAUAGUGAACAAAUGUAAAAAAGACAAAUUAAUAUUGCAAAUUAAGAUUGACAACAGCUUAGUCGAAAAGCGUUCAAAAAAUUCAGUGAUUACAUACAUUUAGUAGCAACGAACUUGCAACCCAACGUGCAACACCCAUCGUACAAAACUAGACUAAAUUAUUAGGCAAAAAAAAAAUACAAAAAAAAAUUUUAAAGACAACUUUUGAUUGCAUGCUAUGAAAACUUGAGCAUCCAUACAUAAGAGAUGAGCGGGAAAAAUAUAUAAACAUGUUGAAGUGAAACAGGAAAGUCAAUAACACAAAAACCAGUGUUCGUCUUUUGGCGGGAAAUUCUUCAAGAAGUAGACAGUUAAAUAAGUAAAAUAUAUCGAAAUAUGUUGAAACAUGUUCAAUUCAUGUUGUGAGGAUUUAAAAGAAAAAAGUGUGUAUCCAACAUUUUGGAAUAAAUUUGUUAAAUAUUAGAGAGAGAUUUUGUGAAAAUGGUUUGUGCAACACAGGAUUUGAACGCCAAUGAGCGUCAACAUCAGCAUCAGCCACAACACCAUCGUCAGCCUUUCCAGACACAUAUGGAAGAAACGUCGCAGCCUCAGCUAUUGAAAUCAAAUUCAAUGCCACUGCUGGAACCCCAAUUGACAAAAAUAGUUUUGUUAGAAAAGCCCAGUGGAAAUAUACAAGAGCAAUACACAGAAUGUUUAGGAACUCAUAAAUGUCUUCCGCCUACGAAGAGUCAACAGUUGAAGCAACAGCAUUCCGCUCUGGUCAAGCUUUUAGAAUCUGAACCGAUCACAAAGAAGCUAUUAGCCAAAAGCUCAGGGACGGAGAUAGGUGCUUCUAAUCUAAUAGUUAAGGGUCAAAUAGCCCAAACGCAAAAUCGAGGGCAACUCGAAUGCACAUAUUUGAAAGAGCAAAACCAACAAAAACAGCAACACGCCAUGCAUGAUGUGCCUGCAAUUCAAUGUAAAAGACUGAAGUCAACUGGGAAAAAUCUUCCUUUGCUAGUCGAAAAUCCUACUACCCCAAACCACGAGGUUAAAACUGAUACUUCAAUUAAUUUAAAAAAGACUACAGAUCACAUUUCUGAAAUAGGAGCACAAGAUUAUAUAGAUGAUAAUGAGGAUGGAAGUAGGACGAAAAAUAAUAAUUUCACAAUUGAUAGCCUCAAAAAAAAAGUUAGGGGAACUAUAGCAAAGACAGCUGCUUUUAAUCAAAUAACGGUUACACAAGAUGAAGCGGUAGAUUUCGGCAAAAAUAGUGACUGCUAUGAACAAUACCACUGCCCUUGGAAAAAAAUUCGUUUUGCCAGAGAAUGGAAGCAACGAGAACAGCUUCAAAAAGGAAAAGAACCAGAAUCAUUUAGCGCUGAACAUCAGACGCAGACAGUAGCGUCUGAAAAAAUAGCAACGAAUGAUGUGAAAACGGAAGGGGCCACCUCAAAGCUGAUAUUUGAUGAAGUAGUAGCAAGAUCUGAAUGUAUUUUGUCUGAACAUACGCAAAAGGAGAUCACUGUAAUUCUCCAGCAACAGCAACAGCAACAGCAACAGCAACAAUUUCAGCAAAAUCGACGAGACAGUUCCGAUAGCAAUUCUUCCCUCUUAAGCAAUUCAAGCAGUCAAUCAUCCACAUGUGUUAUACCUACUUUUUGCACUUGUACUCCGCAGCAGUUGAAGCAACAAGAAGACGAUAGUGGAAAUCCUUCAUCUUGUCAAUGUGGUGAUUCUAAUUUGCAGGACAACGAAUCGGGCUGUGACGAUGAACUGUGCGAGGUUCACUGCAGAUCACAAAAACAAACGCAAAGUGAACAAUCGACUAUGAAUGAUCUUUGUCAGAGAUUCGAUGAAAACUUAGAAACUUUCAUAAAAUUUUCCACUGAGGCUGGAACCGACAGCAGACCAAAUGACGAAUCAAUACAUUCAUGCUUGAAAAAUAUUUCAUGUCAUGACUCUGCAUUGGGAAAGACAGCCAGUGAUACGGCCAACCCUGAUGGAUUUUUCCGACGAUCCAUUCAACAAAAAAUUCAAUAUCGUCCAUGUACAAAAAAUCAGCAAUGCAGCAUUUUACGCAUAAAUCGUAAUCGUUGUCAGUAUUGUCGGCUGAAAAAAUGUAUUGCAGUUGGAAUGAGCCGUGAUGCGGUCCGAUUCGGUCGAGUACCAAAGCGUGAGAAAGCGCGAAUAUUAGCUGCCAUGCAGCAAAGCACACAAAAUCGUGGCCAACAACGCGCUCUUGCAGGGGAGCUGGAUGAUCAACCACGACUGAUAGCUGCUGUCCUACGCGCUCAUCUGGAAACUUGCGAGUUUACAAAAGAAAAAGUUGCUGCCAUGAGACAAAGGGCGAGAGAGUGUCCCUCUUAUUCAAUGCCAACGCUACUGGCUUGCCCGCUGAAUCCCGCUCCAGAGUUGCAGUCAGAGCAAGAGUUUUCUCAGCGCUUUGCUCAUGUAAUACGUGGCGUUAUCGACUUCGCCGGUAUGAUACCAGGUUUUCAACUCCUCACCCAGGAUGAUAAAUUCACUUUGCUCAAAGCCGGUCUAUUCGAUGCACUUUUUGUGCGUCUGAUUUGCAUGUUUGAUUCUUCUAUCAAUAGUAUAAUUUGCUUGAAUGGGCAGGUAAUGCGUCGCGAUGCAAUACAGAACGGUGCUAAUGCCCGAUUUUUGGUGGAUUCAACAUUCAAUUUCGCCGAACGCAUGAAUUCAAUGAAUUUGUCAGAUGCGGAAAUCGGGCUGUUUUGUGCAAUAGUUUUGAUAACGCCCGAUCGACCUGGACUACGCAACAUUGAAUUGAUCGAAAAGAUGUAUAGCCGAUUGAAGGGUUGCUUGCAAAAAGUCAUAAGCCAGAACCGCGCUGAUCAACCAGAUUUCAUGGCAAAAUUGUUAGAUACAAUGCCUGAUUUGCGAACAUUAAGCACUCUUCAUACUGAGAAACUAGUUGUAUUUCGUACGGAACAUAAAGAACUAUUACGCCAGCAGAUGUGGACAAUGGACGAUGAACAGCCAGCGAAUGUAAAGAGUCCUAUUAUUAACUGGGACGAUCCGCGUAUGGAUGCUGAGGCAAAGAGUCCUCUAGGUUCCGUGUCAAGUACCGAGUCGGCAGACUUAGAAUACACCACCUCAUCAAGCACGUCAACAUCCCACCAUCACUCUAAUCAACAAGGACCACAAACAUCUGCAUUAGCUUCGUCAGCACCAUUGUUGGCCGCAUCAUUAUCAGGUUCGUGUCCAUUGCGCAACAGAGCCAACUCCGGUUCGUCUGGUGAUUCUACCGCCGAAAUGGACAUUGUCGGUUCACAUGCACAUCUAACCCAGAAUGGGUUGACAAUCACUCCAAUUGUUCGCUCGCAUUCCCACCAGCAUUUGCAUCAUCACCUAACUUCUGGUACUACAAAUAGAUACCGAAAAUUAGACUCGCCCACCGACUCAGGUAUCGAGUCGGGCAAUGAAAAGAACGAUUGCGGCAUCAAAGCAGUAAGCUCAGGCGGAAGUUCUUCAUGUUCCAGUCCGCGUUCUAGUGUUGACGACGCCCUUGACUGCACAGAAACUGCAACAGCAAGUACAAGUCAAGUUACAAUAUCUGUUUCACCCAUACGUUCGCCUCAACCUAUCAAUCCGACGUCCACCUCUUCAUUAGCUGGCCCAGCUAAUACGCCAAAUGCACUAAAAAGACAAAUUGUGGACGAUAUGCCCGUGUUGAAACGAGUACUGCAAGCGCCUCCUCUCUACGAUACCAACUCACUGAUGGAUGAAGCGUAUAAACCACAUAAAAAAUUUCGAGCACUGCGACAUCGCGAAUUCGAAACGGCAGAUGCAGAUCCUAGUUCUACAUCCAAUGGCUCUAAUAGCAUCGUUAAAACCAACACAACAAGUAUGCAAACUAAUAUUUCGGUGCAAAGCUUGCAAGCAAUCUCACCUCCAUCUGCUCAAACCCCGAGUAAUGCUCCGAAUUCGGUUGUUGUUUCCAAAGCGACUGCACCACCAGCAUCAUCCCCGCUUUCUAAUAUCCCAUCAGAAAAUGCAGGAAGUUGUCAUCAGCAAAGUCAGUUGCAUAUACAUUUAACACGUCAAGCGACUACCAAUGUUUGCAACAACGGUAAUGACAACCAAAAUAACAACGGCGCCGUUCAGACACCACAACAAUCUACGUUGUCGAGCACUCAUUCAGUGUUGGCUAAAUCUUUGAUGGCUGAACCACGAAUGACUCCUGAACAAAUUAAGAGAUCUGAUAUAAUUCAGAAUUACAUUAUGCGUGAUCCAGGAUCAUCAUCAGGAGCUCUGAUUCCGAACACGCCAACACACCCCGGUAGCCGUAGUCCAGCACCAAUGCAGCAUUUAUCACCUUUAAAUCAGAAUUCCUACCACUAUAACUCGAGCGUUUCACCAUCCUCGAGUAGUUCUCCAGCUUGUUCAAGCACUAAUUGUGCUUCGCCCUCAACCACUACAAUUGCAUUGCCCUCACCACCACCCCCAAGCACAGUAGGCCCAACCGCUACAAGGUGGCACGGCCAUUCUGUUAUAACUACAACGAGUAUCAGCCACCGCCAGCAGUCUGUUUCGCCAAGCGGCAAUGGCUCAGCAUCAUCAUCCUCAUCAAAUGGAUGCCAAUAUUUCCAAUCUCCACACUCCACAUCUACUUCAAUAUCUCCUUCCCGACCAUCGCCGUCAGCAGUUCACUCCCCUCCACGCCUAUUGGAGUUACAAGUUGAUAUAGCCGACUCACAACAACCACUGAAUCUGUCGAAAAAGUCGCCAACACCGCCGCCGACUAAAUUGCAGGCAUUGGUUGCGGCUGCAACAGCAGCACAAAGAUAUUCUGCAGUCUCUGCUGAUGUCACUGUAACACCGACUAACGCCGAAGCCACUCAAAAUGUGACCAAUAGUACGCAACAACUGCAGGUCCACAAAGUCAUGCUAGAAGCGUAAGCUUAAAAUAUUUGAGUUAACGAAUAAGUUUAAUAACUAUAUAUGUAUGUAUGUAAGUUUUUAUGUGAAGAAUUCAAUGAAGCGCUUUCGUGCGUGCAUAAAAUAUUCGUUGAGAUUAAUGGCAGGAAAAAGUGAGUCGGAAAAUUAAAGACUCGGAUUAUACUACCAGUAGUAUCAACCCUGAUACAAAUGAAUAUCAAAGUAUGUAUGUAUGUAGGAGCACUAUGUAUUACAUAAAAGCGCAUGUGUGCGCAUAUGCAAAAGUAAUAAAAUUAGGUGAAGUUUUCACUAUAACAAAAAGAGCGAGACUGAAUAUUCAUAAAAAUAUGAAAAAAGAAAGAAAUAUAAAGUAAUGAUUCAAUGGGGCGGUGGUGUUACACGAAGUUUGACGUGAAUGAGAACACGACUUGUGGAACAACAUAACAAAUCAGUUAAGCAUAUAUAUUUUCCUUAAUACACUUAAAAUUAAUACAUAAAAAUUACUGUUAGGAUAUUAAUCUAUGUAACUUACGUAUUAAAACAAAUAAAAACAAAGUAUAAGUUUUGAAUGAGGACGGAGGAGGACCAAGAAGACGUUCGAUACCAAUUACAACAAUUUCAAUAAGAAAUGUAUGUAAAAUAACUUUAUAUGCAAACACAUGCGAGUAUAUGUAUACAUUUUGGAGAGGAUUGCAGUUGGCAUUGAUAUUAUUAUUAUUAUUGCUAAUGGUUAAUCGAAAUCCCAUCAAAUACCUAAUGUAUUUUUAAAGCACACAAAAACUGUACAAAAUGCAUGCAAUAUAGAUUAAAAAUAAUAUCCCUAAUAACAUGGGAAACAAAGAUUAUGCUGCAAUUCCUUUUAAAGCUUAUCUAUCUGUAGAUUGGAGGCAUAUAAUUUUAAAUGUAUGACAAUGAAAUAUUUUAAGGAUAAUUGGCACAACGAUAGGAUAUAAUUUGUAUAUACAUAUGUACAUAAGUGCACUCGUAUGCCAUUUUAUGUUUAUAUUCUGCAUAUACAUAGAUACAUACAUAUGUGUGCUUAUUACAGAAUGUCAAAACAUCAUCGUAGUGUGAAUAAUCCUCAAGAAUAAAGCAAUGAUCUGAAAACAAAAUCAACAUAACAACAUAACAGGCUAAACAGGCCGUUUUCUGAAGUACUUAACCUU